AUGGGCAGAGUCCUUCUCAAGGUUAUCAUCCUGGGUGAUAGUGGUGUCGGAAAGACCUCGCUCAUGAACCAGUAUGUGAACAAGCGCUUCAGCAACCAAUACAAGGCCACCAUUGGAGCCGACUUUUUGACUAAGGAGCUUAUGGUGGACGACCGGCUGGUCACCAUGCAGUUGUGGGAUACCGCCGGCCAGGAGCGCUUCCAAUCACUCGGUGUGGCUUUCUAUAGAGGCGCCGACUGCUGCGUACUAGUCUAUGACGUGAACAGCGCAAAGUCUUUCGAAACUCUCGAUAGCUGGAGGGACGAGUUCCUCAUCCAGGCCAGCCCUCAUGACCCCGAGAACUUCCCCUUCGUUGUAUUGGGCAACAAGAUUGAUGUCGAAGAGAACAAGCGACAGGUGACCCAGAAGCGUGCAAUGACGUGGUGCCAGUCGAAAGGGAACAUCCCGUAUUUCGAGACUUCCGCCAAGGAGGCUAUCAAUGUGGAGCAAGCAUUCCAGACAGUGGCUAAGAAUGCCCUGCAGCAGGAAGCUGAGGAACAGAUGUAUGGUGAUUAUCCAGACCCAAUCACCCUCGACCCGGAGACGAACCAAAGUUACGGAUGCAAUUGUUAA